CGCUGACGCCGCGGGGCCGGAGCGGGCCGCGCGGGAGCGCGCGGAGGGAGCGGCGGCGCCGUCGGUCCUCGUCGGGGCUCCGAGGGUCCCCGACUCGCCCCCGGCCGGCCAUGGCGGGCGCCAGGCCCGGCGUCCACGCGCUGCAGCUGGAGCCGCCCACCGUGGUGGAGACCCUGCGGCGCGGGAGCAAGUUCAUCAAAUGGGACGAGGAGACCUCCAGUCGGAACCUGGUAACCCUGCGUGUGGAUUCCAAUGGCUUCUUUCUAUACUGGACUGGACCCAACAUGGAGGUGGACACACUGGACAUUAGUUCCAUCAGGGACACGCGAACAGGUCGUUACUCCCGCCUGCCAAAGGACCCCAAGAUCCGGGAGGUGCUGGGCUUUGGGGGCCCUGAUACCCGACUAGAGGAGAAGUUGAUGACGGUGGUGGCCGGGCCAGACCCGGUGAAUACAACAUUCUUGAACUUCAUGGCUGUGCAGGAUGACACAGCCAAGGUCUGGGCCGAGGAGCUGUUCAAGCUGGCUAUGAACAUCCUGGCUCAGAACGCCUCCAGGAAUACCUUCCUGCGGAAAGCAUACACCAAGCUGAAGCUGCAGGUGAACCAGGAUGGACGGAUCCCGGUUAAGAAUAUCCUGAAGAUGUUUUCAGCAGAUAAAAAGCGAGUGGAGACCGCACUAGAAUCCUGUGGCCUCAAUUUCAACCGGAGUGAAUCCAUCCGGCCCGAUGAGUUUUCCUUGGAAAUCUUUGAGCGGUUCCUGAAUAAGUUGUGUCUGCGGCCGGACAUUGACAAGAUCCUGCUAGAGAUAGGUGCUAAGGGCAAGCCAUACCUGACGCUGGAGCAGCUCAUGGACUUCAUCAACCAGAAGCAACGGGACCCGAGGCUCAACGAAGUGCUGUACCCACCCCUGCGGCCCUCCCAGGCUCGGCUGCUCAUUGAGAAGUAUGAGCCCAACCAGCAGUUCCUGGAGCGAGAUCAGAUGUCCAUGGAGGGCUUCAGCCGCUACCUGGGAGGUGAAGAGAAUGGGAUCCUGCCCCUGGAGGCCCUGGAUCUGAGCGCUGACAUGACCCAGCCACUCAGUGCCUAUUUCAUCAACUCCUCACACAACACCUAUCUCACAGCGGGGCAGCUGGCUGGGACCUCGUCGGUGGAGAUGUACCGGCAGGCGCUGCUGUGGGGCUGCCGCUGUGUGGAGCUGGAUGUGUGGAAAGGGCGGCCGCCGGAGGAGGAGCCCUUCAUCACCCACGGCUUCACCAUGACCACUGAGGUGCCGCUGAGAGACGUGCUCGAGGCCAUUGCAGAAACCGCCUUCAAGACCUCACCCUAUCCAGUCAUCCUCUCCUUCGAGAAUCACGUGGACUCAGCGAAGCAGCAGGCCAAGAUGGCCGAGUACUGCCGUUCCAUCUUUGGGGACGCGCUGCUCAUCGACCCACUGGACAAGUACCCGCUGGCCCCAGGUGUCCCCCUGCCCAGCCCCCAGGACCUGAUGGGCCGCAUCCUGGUGAAGAACAAGAAGCGACACCAGCCCAGCACUGGUGUCCCCAACAGCUCUGUGCGCAAGCGGCCGCUGGAGCAGAGCAACUCGGCCCUGAGCGAGAGCUCUGCCACCACUGACCCCUCCUCACCUCAGCUUGGGUCCCCCAGCUCUGAGAGCUGCCCAGGCCUGAGCAAUGGGGAAGAGGUGGGCCUGGAGAAGCCUAGCCUGGAGCCUCAGAAGUCUCUAGGCGAGGAUGGGCUCCCACGGGGCCCCAACACUCUUGGAUCUGCUGACCGUGAGGAUGAGGAAGAAGAGGAGGAAGAGGAGGAACAGGCAGAUCCUAAAAAGCCAACCUCAGAUGAGGGCACUGCCAGCAGUGAGGUCAAUGCCACUGAGGAAAUGUCAACACUCGUCAACUACAUUGAGCCUGUCAAGUUCAAGUCCUUUGAGGCUGCUCGAAAAAGGAACAAAUGCUUUGAGAUGUCAUCCUUCGUCGAAACCAAGGCCAUGGAGCAACUGACCAAGAGCCCCAUGGAGUUUGUGGAAUACAAUAAACAGCAGCUCAGCCGCAUCUACCCUAAGGGUACCCGCGUGGACUCAUCCAACUACAUGCCCCAGCUCUUUUGGAACGUGGGCUGCCAGCUUGUUGCACUCAACUUCCAGACCCUGGAUGUGGCAAUGCAGCUCAACGCAGGCGUGUUCGAGUACAAUGGGCGCAGUGGCUAUCUGCUCAAACCUGAGUUUAUGCGGCGGCCAGACAAGUCCUUCGAUCCUUUCACCGAAGUCAUUGUGGAUGGCAUUGUGGCCAAUGCCUUGCGGGUCAAGGUGAUCUCGGGGCAGUUCCUGUCCGACAGGAAGGUGGGCAUCUAUGUGGAGGUGGACAUGUUUGGCCUCCCCGUUGACACGCGGCGCAAGUACCGUACUCGGACCUCUCAAGGGAACUCAUUCAACCCUGUGUGGGAUGAGGAACCUUUUGACUUCCCCAAGGUGGUGCUACCCACGCUGGCUUCGCUGCGCAUCGCGGCCUUUGAGGAAGGCGGCAAGUUUGUGGGGCAUCGGAUUCUGCCCGUCUCUGCCAUCCGCUCAGGGUACCACUACAUCUGUCUGCGGAACGAGGCCAACCAGCCACUUUGCCUGCCAGCCCUGCUCAUCUACACUGAAGCCUCCGACUAUAUUCCUGAUGACCACCAGGACUACGCAGAGGCCCUGAUCAACCCCAUCAAGCAUGUCAGCCUGAUGGACCAGAGGGCCAAGCAGUUGGCCGCCCUCAUUGGGGAGAGUGAGGCUCAGGCCAGCCCAGAGACAUGCCAGGAGACUCCGUCUCAGCAGCCGGGGUCCCAGCUGACCCCAAACCCUACACCUAGCCCCCUGGACACACCCCCGCGCCGGCCCCCAGGCCCUGCCACAGCCCCUACCAGCCCCUCCCUCAGCAGCCCAGGGCAGCGGGAUGACCUCAUCGCCAGCCUCCUCUCAGAGGUGGCCCCAAUCCCGCUGGAGGAGCUCCGAGGCCAUAAGGCGCUGGUGAAGCUCCAGAACCGGCAAGAACGAGAGCUGCGGGAGCUACAUAAGAAGCACCAGCGGAAGGCCGUCGCCCUCACCCGCCGGCUGCUUGAGGGCCUGGCUCAGGCCCGGGCGGAGAGCAGGUGCCGGCAUCGGCCAGGUGUCCUAGGCGGGGAGAACGAGAAGGAAGAGGGAGAAGAGGUAAAGCGGUAUCAGGAGUUCCAGAAGAGACAGGUGCAGAGUCUGUUGGAGCUACGGGAGGCUCAGGUGGACACAGAGGCCGAGCGGAGGCUGGAGCACCUGAGACAGGCUCAGCAGCGGCUCAGGGAAGUUGUCCUGGAUGCUCACACAACUCAGUUCAAGAAGCUGAAGGAGAUAAAUGAGAGGGAGAAGAAGGAAUUGCAGAAGAUUUUAGACAGGAAGCGCCACAACAGUAUCUCAGAGGCCAAGACUAGGGAGAAACAUAAGAAGGAGGCGGAACUGACAGAGAUUAACCGUCGGCACAUCACUGAGUCGGUCAACUCCAUCCGUCGGCUGGAGGAGGCCCAGAAGCAGCGGCAGGAACGCCUGGUGGCUGGGCAGCAGCAGGUCCUACAGCAGCUGGCUGAAGAGGAGCCCAAGCUGCUGGCCCAGCUGGCCCAGGAGUGUCAGGAACAUCGGGCAAGGCUGCCCCAGGAGAUCCGCCAGAGCCUGCUGGGCGAGACACCGGAGGGGCUGGGGGACAGGCACCUGGUGGCCUGUGCCAGCAACGGUCACGCACCUGGGAGCAGCGGGCACCUGUCUGGCGCUGACUCAGAGAGCCAAGAGGAGAAUACGAAGCUCUGAACUGGCUGAGCAAGAGGUGGCCACAGGAUGGGUGCUGGGAGGGCAGGAAGCUAAGACACUAAUGCUUUUUUUUUUUUUUUAACUUUUUAUCUUUAGAAAUUUUAUUUUUUUAAACUGGGGCAAGCACCCCACACUAACUCCCUCCCUUCACCUUCCUGGGGCCAGGAGUCCCCAGGCCCUCCUUCCUGUCUUUGGUCCUGAGGAAGGCACUGGGCCACUGUGGGCCACAAGGCUUUUGCCCCCAUGAGACCCCUGCCCCAGAGUGGGAGCUCUCUCCCUCACUUCCCCAGGGAACACUGGCAGAGAUUUUGAGCUCUGGGAAGUAGGGUGGGGGUCACAUGCUUUCUCUAUCCUUUGGAAAUUUUUUUUAUAUGAAUAAAAGUGGAUUUCAGGGAA